AUGACCUCACUUUACAAAAACCCCUCAUACCUGGGCAUCUAUCGCUCACAUAUCUCUCUUCAUUUCCAUGUAUGCACUAGCAUACUAUUGUACUUCUUUGCCUUUAUAUCUAUGUUAGGACAUAUCUUUGUAGUUUGCUCAUAUCUAUCUAUCUAUCUAUCUAUCUAUCUAUCUAUCUAUCUCAAUCUAUUCAUAUUUAUUUAUAGAAGAGGGAAUAAUUUGAAACAGGUGUUUAUAUCUAUCUAUCUAUCUAUCUAUCUAUCUAUCUAUCUAUCUAUCUCAGGCUGUUUAUAUCUAUCUAUCUAUUUAUCUAUCUAUAAAGGAAAAGACAUAUAUCUGAAGAAUUUUGGAGAAAACACCAACCACAACCUCGGGACACUGUUUAUUACGGGAUGGAAUGAAGUAUCUGGCAAAAGAGCUUCAGCAUUUAAUGUUUUCCUUUAUGAGUGCAUCCUUUUCGUUCAUUUGUGUGAUCAGAAGUGCAUCUUCUCUUUGGAGAGAAUAAGAUGCAAAAAUCCACAACUUACUUCCCUUGUUGUUAAUAAUCCUUUAUAUCAUUUCCCGCCUCCAAACAUCGCACAAUUUGCGAUUGUUUAUUUACCAUGUGCGCUUCCUUCAAUCUGUCGCGUCGCUGUACGUACUGGCUUCAGCUCGGAUCUCUUCCAGUCAUCCAGUACAGAGCGUGCAGCGCGAAGGCCUCUGUGGGUACCGUUCACUCAAUAA